AUGGCUCACGCUCUCCCUCUUCCAAUUCCCUGCCCAGUCCGGCUUGGAAGUGUGAAAGGUGACUCCCUGGAGGCUCAGCUGCAUCAGUAUGUCAGGCAGGGAAACUACGUGAAAGUGAAGAAGCUUCUGAAAAAAGGUAUUUUUGUUGAUGCUGUUAAUUCCAUGGGCCAAACUUCACUCUUCACUGCUGCAUUGCUAGGUCUUCGUAAAAUGGUGGAUGUCCUGUUGGAUUAUGGCUCAGAUGCUAAUCAUCGCUGUUAUGAUGGGAGCACCCCAGUCCAUGCAGCUGCGUUCUCAGGAAAUCAGUGGAUUCUUAGCAAGUUAUUGGACGAAGGAGGUGAUCUGAGAGUACAUGAUAAAAGAGGAAAAAGUCCUCAGUGCUGGGCUAUGUCUGCUGGGAAAGAAAGCAGUGCUCAGAUGCUGGAAUUUAUUCAGCGUUGCACAUCCCACAUGCAGGCUGUCAUUCAAAAUUUUCCCUCUGAUCUGCUCAGGAAGGUUGGCUCAUCAAAAGCGCUGGUCUGCAGUCCAUCUAGGUUUGGUGGCCUUGUUCAAGGAAAUGUUGGCAGUCCUCUGGGUAGAUUUCUAAAAGGUGGAGCUAAUGCAACCAAGAACAUUUACAGCUUUGGUUUUGGGAAGUUUUAUCUUGCAGGCAGCGGGCAUCUAGGGUACUUGACAUCUCUCCCUAUUAUUGGGGAAAAAGACGUGGUUCAGGCAGAUGAUGAACCAACAUUUUCUUAUCAUGUUGGACCAUACAUGAUCAUGACAAACUUAAUGUGGGAAGGCAGCAGAGUUACAGUGAAGGAACUCAGCUUUGAGCCCCAUCAGAACUGUAGUAAACUAUGCUUGGCUGAUCUUCUUGUUGCAGAGCAGGAACGCAGUAGUCAGCUCCGUCAUCCUCAUUUGCUACAGUUGAUGUCUGUCUGUCUGUCUAGUGACUUGAAGAAAACCCGUUUAGUAUAUGAAAGAGUUAACUUUGGUUCUCUGUACAGCAUCCUUCAUGAAAGGCGUACCGAAUUUCCACUACUGCACAUGGAGACAAUUUUGCAUGUGCUGCUUCAAAUUAAUGAUGCUUUGCGUUUUCUACACUCUCGUGGAUUUAUCCACCGUUCAGUUACCUCCUAUGCUAUUCAAAUUGUUUCUUCUGGUGAGGCAAAGCUAUGCAACUUGGAAUACAUGAUAGAAAGCAAAGAUGACGGAGAACACAGUGAUCUGACACGUAUUCCUGUCCCAGCCCAGCUCUAUAAGUGGUGCUCUCCUGAAGUAGUUCUUGAAAAAGUUAUCACGGUCAAAUCGGAUAUUUAUAGCUUCUGUACUGUGGUGCAGGAGGCCUUGACAGAGACCCCUCCCUGGAAAGGUUUUGAAGAUUCAGCUAUUAAACAGCUCAUAAUUUCGGGACAACAGUUAGAAGCAGAUGUCAGACUUCCUAUGCCCUAUUACGGUAUCGUAAAGUCAGGGCUAGAACCUAAACAGAAGAACCGCUCCAUGAAACUUCAGGAUAUUCAAUACAUAAUGAAAAAUGACUUAAAGGACUUAACUAAGUCUCACACUGUUCAUGCUGAUGAAAUGUCAAAAGCACAGAGACCUGCUGUUUCUGCAGAUGUGAACAUCUGUUUGGCAUCAGCUUUUAGCUACCAGAAGAGAACACAGGAAUUGCAGGGAGAAGAGAUGAUCGAGGCUGGUGACUCUACUGCCCCAAGAUACUCUCUCAUUCCUGAGGAGAACAGUGCUUUAGUUGAUCAAGAGGCAUCGAUCAGUCUACAGCCAGUUGCACAGGACAAAAGUGGUGAUGUAGCAUCUGAACUGCAGACAACCUGCAGUGUCAGUGAUGUGGAUGACAGUCUCUGUAGCUUUGAAAACAAUGAAAUCUUCGUCAGUUUUCCAGAAUGUCACGAAGAUUUCCUGGAAGAAGAAGCUGGGUUAGGUCAAACUCUAAAAGAUGAAAAAAGGCAACAAAAGGAAGAAGAUAAAGCUAUCCUCAGAGACCUCUGUGCAUCCCCUGGAGUGCACUGUGAGGAAAAGCUGGUUUAUGAGGAAGGUGGCUUUUCAGAAUCGGGUACAGAGUGCACUGCGGAAGAGGAGGAGACAGUAAAUGAGGGCUCUGACCUAUGCAUGCUGGCACAGGUGAGAGGAGAUGCUGGGAUAAGAAUGGGUAGUCCAUCCCAAGAGGAGCAGUACAUCGGGAAAUGUGUUCUUGAUUUAAAGAUUUUACAAAGCAUGUUGCGUGAGGCAGAAGAUUGCCUGCACCGAACAGAGGAGAAACUGGACAAAAUAGAGGCCAUUAAGAAGCAAAAGAAGCUGCUCCAGGAAAUCGGAAUGAAUCCACUUUCUAAGCAAACUUGUCAAGAAGGACACUGGGACACAUCUGAUGGUACUUCCCAAAAUCUUUUUUCUGGAGUUAAUAGUUUUUUAUGGAAGGCUAUAGGUCCGCCAUCAAGUGUCUAUAUUCCACCACUGAUAACAUGUCAGGCACAAGGAGCAUUAGGUGGAGACAGUUUCCAAGCUGUUUCAAAGGCAGCAAAGGAAAUGGAGGCAACUCAAAAUGAAAAGUCAAAGUGGUUUCAUGAGAUGAGUAAAAGUGAAAACAACCAUCAUGAUCUCAGCUUCAGUGUGGUGAAAAGCCUGGACGAUCAAAUGAGCCUAGACCAUGAGGUAAAUCAGCAUUUACUCCCACAUGUAUCUGUAAGAUGCAGAAAAAAGUUCAACUUGCAGUGUCAGAGAGGAGGUGAUUCACAUUCUGCAGCAAGUGGAAGUGAAGAAGAGAGGUGGUGCUAUCCAAAACCAAGAUAUGAAAUUUCCAGUGCAAAAAUUAGUGAGGAGAGAAAGAUGAUGCAAUCAGAAUGGAGGACUGAAGUAAAGCGAAUGGCCAGAAGAGUGGCCUCAGGACAACUAGCACUCGGCUUGACAUAUCCAGCCAGUGAAUGUACAUCUGAAAGUGAAGCAGAGAGUAUAAAGGAAACCUUUCAACAUGUCACUGUUAGAGUCCAAAAAAGUCAAGAUCAACAAAGACAUGGGUGGCAGGCAGGUGAUAAUGUUGAGUCUUGGGAUCUGGGCAGUGAGGAUAGAUCUGAGUCUGAGGAGAGUGAUCUGGAGUCUGCAUUCAGAAGUUCCGGAGGGAGAAGUUGCCAGUCACCAUCCCAAGAUGAACAAGCGGAGUCUGGAAUAGCCAUUCAUAAGAAUUCAGUCCUUCCUCAACAAGUUGAGAAUCUCUCUAGGGGGCAUUCAAGGGAAUUACAUUGUAAUUCAUCUCCUGAUGUAUCUGAAGAAUUCUUGACUCCUAAUUCUGAUUAUUUCCUUCCUCCUACUACUCAGGGAAGUUCAGAACAAGAGAUAUCAGAUGCUGAGAGCAAAUUAGAAGGAUGUUUACAGAAACAGUUACCUGAAGAUGCAGGAUCAGGUAUGCAGGUUUCAGGAGGAAGAAUACUAUUCUGCAGCACAGUGGCGCAGAACUCUGGCAGUAACACGCUAGGAGUGGAUCAACUUAGCCAUAUGCCUGUAGCCAGUGUUGAAGCAGCACAGGAAGUGAUACUGUGGGAGCCACGAGAGGAAUCCAAAGAAAAAGAUGUAUCAGUGACGGAUAUUCAGGAUUUGUCGAGUAUCCCCUACGAGCAAGACAACUACUACAGAGAUAUAGAUUGUAAAACGCCCAGGGCGAGUCAUGCACCAACAAGCGUCAGCACUCCACUCGGCUCAGAAGAAAAAAUUCCAAUAGCCUUUGAGAAAUACAAGGACUGCCAUGAAGUACCUUCAGAUUCUUCCUUUUGCGGUUCUCAAGAGAUCUCCUCUGCAGUGUCCAGGACAUUCACUACAGCCUAUGAAGAGGGAAGGAGCACUGAGGUUUCCUCUGUUGCUUCAGGAGUUUGCUCAUCUGAAUUGAAUGAGCCUGAUGGGUUGCCAGUAGUUGCUUCAUCCUCGAGAAGCACCAGGAAGGUAUCUGCACUCUCACAGGCAUCUAACCGCUUCAUUGAUGAGCUGCCUCCACCAGCCCAAGAGCUGCUGGAUGAAAUUGAAUAUUUAAAGCAGCAAGAUUCCAUCGCUCAAGACUCUAAAGAGGAGGGAUUGUACGACUGCGGAGUGCAAAUAAAUGGUGCAGAUCAAAUUAACAUGGAAGACAGAGAGUCAGAAAAAGAAUUUGAGAGAAAUGAGGGGAGAAAUCAUAGUUUAUGGACCAAGGAGUCAUUUAAUCUAGCAGAGGAAACAGAAAGGGCUCACUCUACUCUUGAUGAUAUUUUAGAAAGAAUGCUCCAUGCAGUUCCUGGAGAUGAGGAGAUCCAAGUACAACCUCAGGGACGCGCUCUUGGGGCUGCAAGCCUGCAAGAUCCGGAAGAUGUUGGAAGGAAGAAGGGAGAAGAGGAAGGCGGAGCUGGGGCCAGAGGUAGAACGCCAAAAAGCUCUGAAUUUACAUGUUUUUUAGACAUGCAUCCUGAAGAUCAGAAAUUCCACUUACAGGAGCGGCUGUCUUCAUCUUCACCGUUCAGGAUAACUGUUUUGGAUCAGAGCUCUCCUACAUGA